CUCAUUGUGGAUGCAGGGAGUAUGUGUCCAGGGUAACUCAGUGACUUGGGAAUCUGAUUUUCAAUGGGUGGAACAGAGCAACUUCUAAUAUUGGCAAGUGUAUGUCAGGUGGUUUGGCUGACAUGUGAGCGACAUUCCAGUCCUACUGAAGUUGAGAUGGCGUUUCAUCCCUUCCCAAACAGUCAGGAGGCUGACAGCUACCUCAUCACCUGCAGGACUGCAACUCACCACCUGGUGCAUGAGGAGCCAGUAGAUCGCUUGUCGUGUACUCCUGAUUGCACGCUGUCCUUCCACAUUGUUGAGGAUUCGAGAGGUUAUCGAGUCACGCUGACGCCAAGGACUAAUAACAGCAGAACACUUGCACAGAGGACUUUUGACUUCAGCCCAGUGCCUCUGAGCAGCUUCCGUCUGUCCAGCACCACCACAUCUGUGUCCUUAGCAUGGAGCCUUCCCAGACAACACUUGCUCUCCACUCUAGUCCUGUACGACCUCGAUGAUGGUUCUGUAAUCAGGACUGUGGACAUAAACUCUACAGCGGGACAGUCCCAUUACACUGUCAAAGAUGUUCAACCAGGGGCACGCGUCAAGGCUGCUGUCAUGGUGUCUGCAUUUCUCAAUUAUCCCAGUGUAACAGUGAAGCAGCGACUCAGCAUGGUUAUUCAGACAGCCCAGUGCCCCCCCGGCUGGCUGCCUAACAGAAGACACUGCUAUACUGUUGAGAAGAAACCUUUAGCCUGGAGCCAAGCCCGACAAAGCUGUUCAGACAGGGCUGCGGGGAGUCACCUGGCCGAUCUGAAGACCCGCCAAGAUCUGUACUUUAUAACUUCACACCUAAUGAGCCUUAACAGCCUGCUGCUGCUCUGGACCGCACUCAAUGACAGACUGGCAGAGGGCCGAGCCGUGUGGUCGGACGGAUCGCUCAAUAAUAUGACCAAUAGUGUGAUGUCAUCAGUUCUUCCGGAGAACCAGAGCGACUGCUUUGCCCUUCAGAGGAACGCCACAGGGCCCGGAUACUUCCUCACUCCAUUUUUCUGCAGCAUCCCUCUGCCUUUCAUCUGCCACUACCACAUCCCGCCUGAGGUCUCCUCAUUCUCCUUCGACCUGGUUCAAGUGACGGAGCGAGAGGUGGAACUGCAAUGGAGUCAACCUUCUGCCCUAGUCUCGCUCACUCACUCACCUUUGGAGAUAUUUCUUUUGUACCAACAAGACCAGCUGAGAGACAAUAAAAAAGAUAGAGAACAAAGCCAUAUGCACAGUCACCGCCGUAUGAGUAAAUUGGUCAAAGUUCCCAUAGCUCUCUUUUCCAGUGGAGUAACUGUGGCAGGUCUAUUCCCAGGAAGCGUCUAUUCCUUCAGUCUACAGGCCUCUCAUCCCACGGGCUUCAAAUGGAGCUUGGGACAAUCCCGAACAGCACACACAAGGCCCUUUCCCCCUCUAAACGUCACUGUGAUUGAUGCUACAGUGGAUCAGAUACUUGUCCACUGGCUGCUGACGGACGCACACUAUGUUUCAGACUGGUCCUUUGUUGUGCACUAUAAAGACAUGGUUUUAAAACAGGAGAGAAUAGCAGGAAUGGCCAAUAUUUCUGGAUCAUUUAGGAGUGGUGGACAGCACUCGUUCACUGCUGUUAUUGGAGGUCUGGAGCCUUACAGGAACUACAGCAUUGACGUGUAUACAGUCACCAAGUAUGGGAUCAAGAGCUGUGGGCAGGUUCCCCUUCUGGUGCAUACAGCAGUGAGAACUCCACGUGGACUGGUGGCAGAGACUUCAGCAGAUAACUUGACUGUGUGCUGGGACACUCAACAUGCAGACCCUCCAGACAGAUAUGAAGUCACAUCCCUGUCACUGCAUAAUGCCAGGGUUACAUCUACAGUGGUGCAUCCUGGGAGGCCUGAAGGACUCUGGGAAACUCAGUCACUUUGUGUUUCUAUGGGUCCUUUUAUUCCUGGACAAACUUACAACAUAGGAGUGGUGGCUUUUAAAGGGAAUGACAGAAGCCAGGAGACCACUAUGUUACACACUGCAAAGCCAGUGUCAGUCCAGGUGGCCGUCCCUCUCUCAGUCAGCGCCACAAAUGUCCAGCUCUACGUCCAGCCUCCACAAGUCGGUUUGAUGGAUGGGGUCAAAGUUUGUGUUUGUCCAAAACUCUGUGACCCCACAUGUGAGGACUUUAUUUGUGGCCUUACCUGUGACUGGUCUGCUCUCCACGCUAAUGUCCAUACUGUUACCAUUAACAAUCUCAGCCCGGGCUCACAAGUGCAAUUCAAGGUGUUCAGCACAAGCAGAAAUCAAACCGGACCACCUUACUUCACCAAGCAAAUUAGAACAAGCCUUGCUCCUCCCAGCAGGCUGAGGGAGGGAGUGGUCACCCAUUCAUCUAUAGAGCUGCUUUGGGACCCUGCUCCGGGGCAUGCUGGCAGCUACGAAGUCAUCUGUUUCAACUGUGAACACACACAUAUGGUGCAGAAAGUCCCUGGUCAAAGGGCCAAGUACUCCUCCCUUACUCCCGGAACACUCUAUCACUUUGCGGUGUGCACGGAAAAGCGGCUCUUCCCGGACUCCUCUCCUGUCAACAUAAGCAUCACUGCAGCUCCCAGCCCUGUAGAGCUGUCCAUUGGCAAUAAAACCACAUCAUCUAUAUGCAUUAGUUGGGCCACGAGCCGAGGAGUUGUGAGCGGUUUUCUGCUGUCAAUCAAAAAUGUGACAGCCAAACCAAUCAAUAUGCAUCCGGAGCACAGAGGGCACUGUUUCCGAGGGCUCACUCCAGGAACCAAAUAUACUAUUGAAGUAAUGAGUCUCAGUGGAGAGCAGAGAGGUCAACCCACUGUUAUUACGCUCCAUACGACUCCACAGACGCCUCAGGACGUGACUCUGUCCGAGCAGGGGGUCACACAUGUCUUUGUUGCCUGGAGACCACCACCUGGACUUGUGGAUGGCUACAAGGUGUGCUUUGGACUGCAGUUUGUCAACAGAACAUUUUGGAAACAUGUUUAUGUUCAAAGUCCAAGUUACGAGAUCAGCCACUUGACUGCUGGGUCAGAUUAUGGACUCAGUGUUCAGAGUGUUCUGGGCUCUGAUCUCAGUUCAGCUGUGUACAGGAACUUCAGUACACGACCAGCGGGAGUGUGUGGUCUCCAUUUGGACUACAUCAACUCCUCAUCCGUCUCCAUCCGGUGGGACAAUGCAGCUGGUGACUUUGACUUCCACAGAGUGACCGUGGCCAAUGCCUCUGUCACAAGCACUUGGAGCACACUAAAGGAGGAGCCCGUCGCCAUGGUUGCAGGCCUACAAGAUGGCUGCACUUACAACUUGAGUGUUGAGAGAGUGAGAGGAGCGCAUGUGGGGAGAGCAGCCUCUCUGACAGUAAGCACAGUGCCAGCCCCAGUGAGGGAAGUGUGUGUCCAAAAUGUGUCCUCCCAUGCCUUCUCAUUACUCUGGCCCGAAGCAGAGGGCUGUGUAGAUCAUUAUCAAGUGACCCUACGACCGGAUGAGGGCAAAGUCACAGUGCACCCUGCCCAGAAUGGAUAUAUACAGGCACAUGUGUUGAGUGUGACCCCCUCCACACAGUACAAUGUAACCGUGUCAGUCGCAGCCUCCUCCCACAUCAGCCCUGGAGUCAGCCGCAUGAUCAGCACCAGGAACAGCGUGCCCUCUACCCCAUUUGGCCUCGAGGGUCACACUUCGGGCACAAACGGUAUCUUGCUGUCUUGGACAAUGACAGAUGCAAAAUACACUGACUUUAUUAUCAGGUACAGGGAGGUGUGUCCUUACCCUGCCACUGACUUCACAGAGGAGACCAUGUUCCUUGAUUCCCCUGUCGUCCUGCUAACUGAGCUAAUAUCCGGCUCAACAUACCAGUUUCAGGUAGCAGCUGUUUCUUCUGGUAUUUCUGGAGCUUUCAGCAAAUCUUUGUACAUAAAAACAGCAGAGUCCCCUCCUGGACAUGUGACCAACCUCACUGCAUUUGCACAGAACCACUCGCAUGUGGUGGUCACCUGGUAUCUGCCCCAGCGCAUCAAUGGUCUCAUUACAAAGUUCAGUGUCAAUGUCAAACAUGCCCGAAAUGGAAUGGUGGUCCGCAGGAUCAACGUGAAUGCAGAGGAGAUCAUGAGUAUUGCACUGCCACACUGCAAUGAUGCAGCAGAAAUCCUGUCGCGGGCUACUGUGAGUCCUCUGGAGAUGACCGCCUCAUCUCCCCCCAUCACCCUCUCAGCGGUGCCCCCAGCGGCUCUGUGGAAAGUGCCCAUAUCUGUGGGAGUGGAUCAGCUCCGACCAUUCACUCCCUAUCUGUUUGAAGUGUCCGCCUUCACAUCCGAGGGAGAGGGCAAAACCGGCUCUGUUAUGGUCCACAUGCCAGAAUCAGCUCCCGAGGACUCUCCACGGAACCUGACCUUACUGAAUAUGACCUCCAGGUUUGUUGUGUUGUCCUGGAUUUCUCCCAGAAUUGUGACAGGGAAAUUCAGCUACGUCCUGCAGCUCCAUGGCCCCACAGGUUAUUUCCUGAAUGGAAGCACUUUUGACACAAACUUUGAGUUCAGCGGUUUGAUGCCCUACACCAAGUAUACUGUGAUUGUUCGAGCCAAAUCAGCAGGAGAACUGGGUCCAGCAGCAGAGAGGCGUCUAAUCACAGCGGCUGAAGCCCCCAGUGCUGUUCAGGCCCUGACAGCAGAAGCAGAGGACUCUCUGUCUAUCAGAGUGAGCUGGAAGAGCCCUGCUCAGCCUAAUGGUCCCAUCACUCAGUACAGACUGCAGGUCCUGGUGCAGGAGACACUGUUGCAGGACAUCACCCUCACAGCUCCUCUGAAUGAGAGCACAACUGGCCUAUACGAGGAGCAGACGUUUACCAACAGCCCUGGAAGGCGUAAGAGAAACGCAGACUUUAUCACAUCGCCUGCCUCCUUCACUCCUUCAGUUUCCAAACGCCCCUCUGACUCCACUACUGCCGGCAUAACCAACAACCCUCAUGCCACUGCUGAACCCAUGCCGAGUGCCCACACCAGCUUGACUUACACAGCCACUAAAGAAUUUUAUAGCAUGGCUUCAGACAGCACAGAUACCCCCACAUCUCACAGCCCCACCCAUGCUUACUCUGUCACCUCUGCACCUCCUGUGACACACCCAUCCUGGCUCACGCAGCAGUCCAGAACAGAUAUGACAUCUGAGUCUAUUUCCACGGCUUAUCACUCGAUAAACACCCGUGAUACUUCAGUGACCGAGCACUACACGUCUUACGUUACAGGCUCUGGCAUCACAGCCAGUGUGACCGUGAAAGAAGAGAUGCUGGAUGUUCUGUCGGAGGAGAUGUCUUACUUAGUGUCAGAUUUGAACCCCUUCACCGAGUACAAGUUCAGGGUCAGUGCUUUCACCACAGUGGGAGAGGGUCCUGCUGCAGACAUCAUGGAGAAAACCAGGGAACAGGUACCUAGUGCUGUGCUGAACGUUACUUACCAGAACAUCAGCUCCACUUCCAUACUGGUCAGCUGGGUUCCUCCUGUGAACCCCAACGGGCGAAUCACACAUUACACCAUCUAUGGGCUGAAAGUGCACAAUAGCCAGGAGCAGCAGUGGGAGAGCAAUGGCACAGCCCUAUUAAUAACAGAUUUAGAAAAAUAUACAGCCUAUAAGCUUGGUGUGGCAGCCUCUACAGCAGUGGGAGAAAGUGAGCUCACUGAUGAAGAGUACAUCUAUGUUUACACAGAGGAGGAUGUGCCAGACUCUCCACCCACAAACCUCACAGUGGUUGACACCAGUCCCUCCACUGCCACUCUGUCUUGGUCUCCCCCUGAGCAGGCCAAUGGAGUCAUUCAGUAUUACCAAGUCCACUACGGCAAUGACACCUUCGAGAUGUCUAUAAACACAACCACACACAGCGCCACACUAAUGGACCUCAAGCCCUUCUCCUUCUACAAUGUGUCUGUGAGAGCAUUCACUCGCCUGGGCCAUGGAAACCAGAGAUCAGACUCAUUACAUCUGCUGUCUGGAGAGGAUGUCCCGGGCGGACCACCAAACAACCUGUCCUAUGAGUCGGUCAGCCCCAGUGAGGUGAAUGUGACCUGGCUGCCUCCUGAGCUUCCUAACGGGAACAUUACGCAUUACGGUCUGGAGCUCUGGAACUCCACUCACUUCCUCAACCUCACCUCCAGCACCCAGCACCUGCUUAUCCAAUACCUCAAGAAGUACACCGAGUACCGCCUCAGGGUGCAGGCCUACACACGGGUCGGCCCAGGCAACUUCACCCAGCCCAUCAACAUCACCACGCUGGAGGACGCCCCUGAUACCCCACCUCAGUUCUUGCGUGCUCGAAAGUUAUCUGACUAUGAGGUGGAGUUGUCUUGGGAAGCGCCACAGGAAGCCAAUUCUGACAUCCUGUACUACAAAGUCAGAGUUUGGAAUGAAACGACAGAGCAAUGGCAGAAUGUAACGAAGACUUCGGUGGUGAUAAAUGUCGACUCUGAAAGCCCCUACAACGCCUCCGUGUCCAGCUGGACCCGCCUAGAGCCUUUUGACCCUCCUCACAAUGUGACCACUGCAAACAUGACCUUCUCUUCAGUCACUCUAACAUGGCUCCCACCUCGAGAGCCUAACGGGAUUAUAGUGCAUUACUCCAUCUACUACAGAGACAACUACACUGUAACAGAACAGAAAGUGUACACCAAAGAGGUUAGCACCUCUCCUGAUGUGGUCAUGUCCUACACUCUGACUGGGCUGAUAGGGGGAACCAACUACACUGUGUGGAUGACCUCCAGCACCAUCCAGGGAGAUGGAGGAGUGCAGACGGAGCCUAUGACUGUACUGUUACCAGAGGGAGUGCCCAGUGAUUCCGUGCACAACCUGACUGCCACUAACGCCACCGCCCAGGCCAUCCUAGUCACCUGGGACCCCCCUCUGGAGCCCAAUGGACGUCUGCAUUACCUGCUCACCUUACAGGAAGCAGCCCUCCCUCCCAACACAUCCAACCAAGGGCGUCCUUACAAGAUCAUCAGACAGACCACUACAGAUACUGUCUUUCUAUUUACCAAGCUCAGGAUAUAUUUCCCCUAUGUAUUCAACGUUACCCCGGCAACAGCAGCUGGCAUUGCUUACAACCACACAAGGACACUGCACCUGAGGACACGUGACGAUGUUCCCUCGUCGCCUCCAGUUCUGCUGUCGACACGGAACCUGUCCUCGUCCUCUAUCGCUGUAGUGUGGCAGCGCCCUCUAGAGGCAAAUGGGGAGAUAACAGAGUAUACCCUAACACUGUCUGGGCCCGGGGGCACCAAUACCACAUUCACUACUGAGACUUCAUAUGAGCUGACCAACUUACUCCCAUACACAGCCUAUAACUUAUCUAUCACCGCGGCAACCCGCAAAGGCAAUGGACCUGCUCUCAUGCUGCACCUGCAUACAGAUGAAGGAGGGCCCAUGUCCCCCCCAUAUAACCUCACCAUAUACAACCACACAGCGGUGUCAGUGUGGCUGAGCUGGGAGCCUGCUCUGGAGCCCAAUGGAGUGGUGACGCACUACGGCUUCAGGAUCCGGGAGCUCAUCACACAGACGGUCACACUCCAGAAUUCCUCGGGUCCAUCCACUAUGGAGCAUCUCUCCGGGUUCCGGCCCCACAGCUCCUAUGAGAUAAGUGUGUGCAGCUACACACGAGUGGGCCAUGGCAACCAGUUCAGCAGCCCGGUCACCUUCACUACCAACGAGUCAGUGUCUGACACGGUGAAAAACCUCUUGUGCACUGGAGUGAGCUGGGACUCAGUACAGUUAUGGUGGGAGCGCCCUGACAACCCCAACGGCCAGAUCCUGUUCUAUGAGAUCACAGUGGAGGUGAAUGCAGAGAGGCUCCUCCAUCAGGCACACACAGCCAACUACAGCGUCUCUGGCCUGUCCCCAGAGCAAGACUACAUUCUAACUGUAGCUGCAGUCAACUCUGCGGGGCCUGGAGAUGCAGUCAACUGUACCGCCAGCACGCUGUCCGAGUCAGUCCCAGCUGCCCCUCUCAGCCUCAUCAUCUCGGGGGCCACAGCUAACAACAUGACUCUGGAGUGGUCCCCUCCACUCACUGUCCCCGGCUUGCUCAGGCAGUACCAAAUAAUUGCACAGCUGCUGUCCCGUGUUUGUGAAUCGUCCCCUGCUAUUAUAGAUCACAUUCAGGACUGUGUCGACGACAGUUUCGUGUUGUCCCUUAAUGUGACCAAUGGCACCACAGACAAGUCCAGCUUCACAGUGCAGGCCCUGUCUAAAUACAGAUCCUACCGCUUCAGAGUGGCUGCGGUCACUAGUGCCGGAGUGGGAGAAUACACUGCCUGGGUGUAUGGCCGUACCCUGGCAGGAGAUCCUGACGCUCCCCCUCGUGACCUCAGAGUAACCGCCACCGCCAACAGUCUGCACGUGAUGUGGGAAGAGCCGGCUGUUCUCUCUGGUCCCACCAAAUAUCUCAUUCGGGUGGAGGGUCCUGGGGUCAACUUGUCCCUGGUGCUGGGUCCCGGAGAGCAAAAUAGCCUGCUUGUGUCCAACCUGACGGCUUUCUCCACUUACGAUGUGACUGUCAUCGCCUUCACUGGAACAGUCCAGUCUGCGGCCACUGAUGGAAAGGCUGUUGGUCCUCUUGUGUUUCACACCUUGGAGGAGGAGCCCAAGAGCCCUCCAACCAACGUGACAGUAACAGUCAUCCCAGAUGAGGUGAACCAAGUGAUGGUGAGCUUCUCCCCUCCUGAAGAGCCCAAUGGGAACAUCACAGCCUACUACGUGUACAUCUACCAAGGACAGGAGAUGGUGAGGAACAUCAGCCUCACUGCCAUCCAAAGUGAGGAGAACCAGCUAACAGCAGUGAUUGACGGCCUGAAGGGAGGACACAAUUACACCAUUCAGAUCUCAGCGAGGAACGGAGCAGGCAAGAGCCCCCCCAGCCCCCACGUCAAGAUAACUACAGCCAUCAAAGCCCCGGCCAAGCCCACCCAGAUACCCCAGGCGAUGCUGGGCCACCGAGGGGUUGCCAUGGUAACCCACAGGAGUAUCGCCAUCCACAUGCCUGCCUGUUUCUAUAGUGACGACAAUGGACCAAUCGCGAGAAUCCAGGUCAUCGUGGCCGAGUCAGGGGUAAAAGACACAGAGAACGUGACUAACUGGAGAGCAGCCUUCUCUCGGUCUCCUGCCCCUUACAUCACAGACAGGGGCUUUCCCAACCCAACCUGUGAGGACCCAAACCCAGACCCAGACCCUGCCCCUGACCAGAGGAUAGGCCAGCACCUUCUGUGGGGGGACAAACCUCCGCUGGUGCUGCCCAACAUGACGGGGGUAUACGUAAUCGGACAGAGGGACGACUGCCUGAAUGAGUCGGACACCUACUGUAACGGGCCUCUGAAGCCUAAUACAGUUUAUGUGUUUAAAUUCCGAGCCACCAACAUCAAGGGCGAGUACACAGACUCAGAAUACUCGGAGCACAUCAAAACCAAUGCAAAUGGUCUGUUAACCAGAGAAGAGCAGAUCAUCCUGGGAGUGCUCCUGUCCUUUUUCUUGGCAGUGUUGUUGAUAAUCAUCAUCUGCUGCUCUGUCAAGCUCCACCAGCACAAGAAAGAAGGAGGCACUUACUCCCCCCGUGAGGCGGAGAUCAUAGAGACCAAGUGUAAGCUGGAUCAGCUGAUUGCCAUCGCAGACAUGGAGCUCAAGCAGGAGAAAAUCAACCGGUACUCCUCAUUCUUUUUCAGGCGCAAAGAGAUCUAUGUCAUUCAGCUUCUGAGCUACAGGAAAUCCCUCAAGCCUGUCAAUAAGAAGUCCUUUCUGCAGCAUGUGGAGGAUCUGUGCAGCAAUGACAAUGCAAAGUUCCAAGAGGAGUUCUCGGCACUGCCAAAGCUGCUGCAGGAUCUGGCCACCACAGACGCAGACAUGCCCUGCAACAGAACCAAGAACCGUUUUCCUAACAUCAAGCCCUAUAAUAACAACCGAGUGAAGCUGCUCUCCCAGCCAGGCUCAGACGGCUCCGACUACAUCAAUGCCAGCUUUGUCUCUGGCUAUCUGUGUCCCAACGAGUUUAUUGCCACCCAAGGGCCCCUCCCUGGCACCGUGGCCGCCUUCUGGAGGAUGAUCUGGGAGACGGGCACCCGCACCAUCGUCAUGCUCACCCAGUGCUUCGAGAAGGGCCGCAUCCGUUGUCAUAAGUACUGGCCUGAGGAUGAUAAGCCCAUGUCCGUGUUCAGUGACAUUCUGGUGUCCAAAGUUUCUGAAGAGGUCUUCCCUGACUGGACUGUCCGGACUCUGCGAGUGGAGCGGCAUGGACACUACAUCCUGGUGCGUCACUUUAACUACACAUCGUGGCCGGAGCACGGUGUCCCAGAGUCCUGUACCACUCUCAUCAAGUUUGUACGAGCUGUGCGCACUCACAGACUGGAGACCAGUACUAUAGUGGUCCAUUGCAGCGCUGGAGUGGGCAGGACAGGCGUGUUCAUCGCACUGGAUCACCUGAUCCAGCAUGUGAGGGACCAUGACUUUGUGGACAUCUAUGGGCUGGUGGCCGAGCUGCGCAGUGAGCGCAUGUGCAUGGUCCAGAACCUGGCCCAGUACAUCUUCCUGCACCAGAGUACGUUAGAGCUCUUGAACAGCAAAGGGAACAGCCAGUCCAUCUGGUUUGUGAGCUACUCUGCUCUAGAAAAGACUGACUCUCUGGAGGGCAUGGAAGGUGAUGUGGAGCUGGAGUGGGAGGAGACCACCAUGUGAAGAGUGAUGCCUCAGUACACCAGAGAUCUUUGACCUGUGAGCUUUAGCUGACCCAGGAUCAGUGAUGAGUACAGGUGGAAAUGAACAGUAGAAAUGAACAUGAGAAUUUUUACAGU